AUGUCGGCCGCACACGCCACGCUCGAUCCCACCUCAGCACCGCCGCCGCCGCCUCCCCUUCCCAACAACGACCCGCUCCUCCCCCGCAUCCUCGCCGUUCUAGCCCAAACAUGGGACCUAGGCUUCACCGCCUUCGGCGGCCCACCAGUCCAUUUCCAGAUCCUCCACCAGCGCUUCGUCAACGGCGGCAGCGGCCACGGCAGCCCCUAUGGCAAGCCCCCGACGCGCUGGCUCGACGAACAGACCUACCAAGAGAUCUUCGCGGUCUCGCAAUCCCUCCCCGGCCCGGCCUCGACGAAGAUGCUAUUCAACAUAGCACUGCUACAUGCCGGGUGGGUCGCCGCGUUCGCCGCCUUCCUGUCGUGGAGCUUGCCGGUCGCCGUCGUCAUGUACGGCUUGGCGCUGGGUAUCGGUAGCGUCGGCGAGACACUGCCGCCGCCCGUCUACCCUCUGCUCAGCGGACUCAAUGCCAGCACGGUGGGUGUGGUGGCGCUGGCGGCGGUGCAGCUGGCGCAGAAGGCCAUUACGGAUCGCGUGACGAGGGUUUUGGUCAUUUGGGGCGCGUGUGCGGGGUUGUGCUACUCGGCGCUGUGGUACUUCCCGGUCUUGAUUGUGGUGGGCGCGAUAGUUUGUGGAGUUUGGGAUCUGUGGCUCAGUAGGAAGGUUGAGAGGUUGAGGGUCAGGUGGCAGAGAAGGAAGGAGCGGGGUGGGCAGGUCGAGGAGGCGAUUGCUGGGGAGGAGGGUGAAAGUGUUGAGAUGUCGGUACGAGGGCAGCAACAGCAACUGGAACAGAUCCAACAAGAGGGCGCCCAAAGACGGCGUCGAGCCAAGCCUGGCGAACAAAAGGGCGAAGCUGAAGUAGCGACACAAGCGGGAGGGUCAAGUCGUAAUGUUACUGAAGAACAGUCUCGACCACGGGAUUAUCCAGACGACAUGCCGACGAUACCACAGUACUACAGCAUCCCCAUCGCUACGGGCAUCGGGCUCAUCGCGCUGACAUUCGCAAUUUUCAUCGCCCUAGUCGUCUCGCGCUCCCUCCUCACCUCGCCACCCCGCCCUCUCGCCCUCCUCGCCAACAUGUACCAAGCCGGCAUCCUGAUCUUCGGCGGCGGGCCCGUCGUCAUCCCCCUCCUGCGCGAAUACGUCGUGCAGCCCGGCUGGGUCUCGUCGCGCGACUUCCUGCUCGGCCUCGCCAUCAUCCAAGCCAUGCCGGGCCCCAACUUCAACUUCUCCGUCUACCUGGGCGCGCUCGCCAUGGCCCACACAGGCUACCACUCCGUGUUGGGCGCGUUUCUGAGCUUCGUCGCCAUCUUCGCGCCGGGUUUGCUGCUCACGUUGGGCGUGCAGGGGUUGUGGGCGUAUCUGCGCACCAAGGCCGUCGUGGUGAGUGUGUUGCGUGGCGUCAACGCUACGGCUGUGGGGUUGGUGUUUACGGCUGUGUACCGCUUGUGGGAGAUUGGGUAUUUGACGCCCGAGGAGAGUCAGGGGCAGAGCCUCGCUAUGGAGCCUUGGUGGGUGGUGGUGGCGGCCUUGACGUAUUGUGAGGUGGCGUGGUUCUCGGUGCCGCCGGCUGCGGCGAUUGUGGGUGGUGCGGUGCUGGGCUUGUGUUGGUAUGGGGCGGUGGGCCGUCCUUGA